AGAUCACAGCUUGAAAACAACUUUGGCAACAACUUUGUGAUGAAUCAUCCACCCAUUUUCUUUCCAUAUCAGAACAUAAAAUCGUAGACAUCUAUCGUUUUAGAAAGCAAGACAUGUUUUGAGAAAAUAAAAACCCGAGGAGGUCAUCUUGUCAAAGACAUUCAAGAAUCGAUAAAAAGAUGGAAGAUAUGCAUAAAGAAAAUGGAAACAUUAUUUCAUUAAAAAUACGAACAUACAAUGUAAACUUGGUCAGUAAAUUAUAAAAGUCUUCAACAAUGGCUACAAAUGACUCGUAUGGUGGAUAUGAACAAGAGAGAUUUGCCGAUAAAGUUCAUCCAAGAUUUGAAUGUCCUAUAUGUUUUAAAAUAUUUAAAGAUCCUGUUCAAUGUCCAAACGAACAUUAUUUCUGUCGCACUUGUAUCGAAAGAUACUUGUUAACUUCUGAUAAAUGUCCUGAAUGUCGAUGUCAUCUCACUAAGGAGACAUUACAGGAUAUAGCUAGAUUUGUCACCAAAAUGUUAGAAGAUCUUGAUAUUCGUUGUGUGAAUGCCAACCGUGGUUGUCCUGAAAUAGUGAAGCUUCAAUUUCUCCAACGUCAUGAGGAGAACUGUGGUUAUUCACCAACACCUUGUAGAAAUGAAGGUUGUGACGAAGUCCUUAAUAAAAACGAGAUUGAAGAACAUGAAAUAGAACGAUGUGAGUUCCGUCUCAUCGAUUGUGAAGAAUGCAAAAUGAUGCUUGUGUUCAGAUACAGACGAUCUCAUUCAUGUUUCUUGAAGAAAGAGAUUGACGAUUUGACCAAAAGAUUGGAGAUGUUUCAAAAGAUGUUUCAAAAGCAAAUGAAGCUGAAUCGUGAUGAAAUGGUGACUCAUGUUGAAGAGCAAAUGAGGUUAAGUCGUAAUGAAAUGACGUUUCUUACAACAGAAACGACAGAAAGAUGUAAUUUUCUUACGGGAAAAAUAAAGAUUUAAUGUUUUUGGAGGAAGAGAUGGAGAGAAUCGUUUGAAUUCUGUCGAGUCUUUCAACUGGGAUUCAAAUUGUUGGCAACAGGAAC